AUGACCUAUGAUGCCCGCGAAGGUGCAUUUCUUAUGGGCGUGUUUCAAAGAUUGAACUAUGUGGGCCAGGCUAUAGAAUAUGAGGCGGAUUUUCAAAUCAUUUCAUUUGCGUUUGAUGGUUAUCGCUUGCGCAUGAUUGCGUUGCUCCCCGUUCUCCUGUGGGCUCUUCUCCCGCUCACAUUUGGGGGUGAUUUUUCAAAAUUGGAUAAUGUUGUCUAUUUGACUGCGCAAAAUUUUACUGAAAUCACUGAUGGCGGCCGUUGGCUUGUGCUUUUUUAUUUCCACUCAUGUGGAGGCUGCACCCGGUAUCAGCCGUUCUUCAGCAAUUUCUCCAUAUAUCUGAAAGAUUGGAAUCCUUUGUUGAAGGUUGGGGCUCUUGAUUGUGAAUUGCCGGAAAACGAUGGAACUUGUUCGUCAUUCACGGUUGUAGGAGUGCCUGAUUUGCGGUACCUUCCUGCAGGAAGGUCUGUGAAUGACACUGGAAUAGUUAUUGGUGAUGAGAAAGAGUCUUUCAUCGGCCUUCGGAAUAAGCUCCUGAAUUUUCUAAAACGUGAGAUAUCUCUUGAUGGUUCCAGGUUAAGUGAACACUCCAAAAAACUACUCACCAUAAUUUCAAACAUUGAACAACCAGUCUCGUUGGAGCGAGAACAUGAUGUGACCGAAACCCGUAAACGCGGGAUACAAUAUAUGCCGAAAAUCACAACGGAACUGGUUUUGCGUGAAUCAAUAGGCAACGAAAGGUACGGGCUUCGCUUGAACAUUUCAGAGCUUGUAUCUUUGGAUGAUGUUAUGAUUCAGGCACCAGCAUCUUUAUGA